AUGCUCUCGCAGCAGCUCAGACGCUCUCUCCUCUCUGCGCGCGCCCACUCCCGCCCUCUGCGCGUCUCGUCCGCGCGCUUCAACCGACCCCAGGUCCUCUUCCACUCGUCUGCCCGCCGGCAGGACGAGCUGCCCAAGUCCCCCUUCCAGACGUUCGUGGAUGUGCUCAAGGACGAGCUGCGAAAGAACAGGGAGCUUCAGGAGAAUGUGAAGCAGCUCCAGGGCGAGGUGGACAAGUUCCAGGACGCCGAGGCCAUGCGCAAGGCGAGGGCGGCCUACGAGCGUGCACGGUUGACGUCGAGUAUCAAAGAGAACCCCCGGCUGCGCGCAGCUGCAGAGGAGCUGAGAAAGGCGGGCGUAAAGGUCGGCGACGCGGUCUCGGAGGCGCUAAAGACGAUGGAGGAGAGCGAGAUUAUGCGUGCAAUCUCCCGUGCGUCCUCGGCAGUGUCGGACUCGGUCGCAUCCGCGACGGAGCCCAUCCGCAAGACGGCCGCGUACAAGACGCUCGCGGAGACGCUCACAGACGCGCUGGAUGACAGUUUCAGCGCGAAGCACGCGGGGUUCGAGGAGAAGGAGGCGCGGCGGCGGCGGAGGCAGGCGCGCCUCGCCAAGGCCGGCAAGGAGGGGCGGAUGGGGAAGCGGGUGCAGGCCGACCCCGAGGCAGGGGCGUCCGUCGUGCUGCACGCGUCCGCGAACCGCGAGAGCACCUGGGCGCGCCUGAAGGAGACGAACCCGCUCUUCCAGCGCCUAAACGCGCUCGGCGAGGUGUUCAACGAGAGCGAGAAUCCCGUGCUCUCGGCCAUUCGCGGCGUGAGGGAUACCGUGCGCGGGUGGUUCGACGAGACGGAGUUUGCGCAGGUGAUGCGGAUGAUGAAGGUCAUGGACCCUGCGUUUACAAGGGAGGGUUUCGAGCGCGAGCUGAGGGAGUAUAUUGUGCCGGAGGUGGUAGAUGCGUAUUUGAGCGCGGAUAGGGAGGCACUGAGGGCGUGGUGCGGGGAGGCGACGUAUAACGUGCUCUGGGCUACGAUGGAGCAGUACCUAAAACAAGGUCUGAUAUCUGACAGCAAAGUGCUGGAUAUCCGACAAGUAGAUAUCACGUCCGCGAAAAUGCUGGAAAAUAACAUUCCGGUGUUCGUAGUGACGUUCGCAACGCAGGAGGUGCUGCUCUUCCGGAAUGCGCUCUCGAGGGAGGUCGUCGUGGGCGCUGAGGACCGGGUCGAACAGUGUCAUUACGCUGCGGUGAUCACGAGGGUGGAGGAGGAGAUUGGGAAUGAGCUCACGGACGGGUGGAAGGUGAUUGAGAUGGCCCGGAGAUCUGCUCGGGCGUAUCUAUGAGCGCGCAGGGCGGCUGCAUCGCCCUGCAUAUUUGCUGACUGCUCCUUCCUAUCCCUGGGAGAGGGCAACAAAACAACCACCACCACUCACGACCAGAUUAUAUUAUUGUUGCAUAACCACGUAUAGAUAGUACCCUUGCAUCCACUAAUUGCAUUCACUGACUUUGGAGUGCAACCUGGG